GACGUUUAAUAGACCGCUAUUAUGAUUUGCUUUCAAUUCUGCUUGCUGCUUCACUAAAACCCUAUUGCAUGCAGACACUGAAGGAAUAAUUAGCCAUUUAGCCCUGCCUGAGGUACCUCAUUGUUUCAAAUGUUGCUUUUGCAAUUGAACUGAACAAGAUAUCUUUAUUUCUAUCUGAAGCAUUGGCUGUUUACGCUGGUUUCUGAUCAAAAUGCCGUCUUUUCCUCCUGCGGGAUCGGUCACGGUCUGCGAAAUCAAUCGGGAUUUGGUCACUGCCGAAAGUCUCUCGGAUGAUCAAGCUAAGGAGACAUAUGGAAAAGUUCUUGGAAUUGUUUUCAGUCCUGUUCCCUUUCAGUCGGAUUUUCUAUUGCCUACUCCCGAGCAGGGUUUUGAACAGCAAGGAAAUGAGGACAUUGUGCCGAAAAGGGACUCGAAUGUGCUUCGGGUGAUACUGAAUGGUUCAUUCAAACGUUUUUUGCCUCCCAGUAAUGUACGCUCUUUUCAUGCAAAUUUACUAUCAGAAGUUGAUCUUCAAGGAGUAAGUUGGCAUCAACAUAAGCAUAUCUUAGCAUUUAUCUCUGGGCCAAAUCAAGUUACAAUUCGUGAUUAUGAAGAUUCAGAAGGAAAGGAUCCAUGCAUUUUGACCAGUGAUUCACAAAGAGAUGUUAAGAUUCUUCAGUGGAGGCCAAAUGGUGGGAAGACACUAUCUGUAGCAUGCAAAGGUGGAAUUUGCAUUUGGUCUUCUUCUUACCCAGGAAAUGCAGCUUCUGUGAGAUCAGGAAUUGCCUCUUUUGCGGGUACCCUCCCUAGAGGUUCAGGAGUUAGAUGGACUCUUGUUGAUGUUCUUAGAAGUCCUAAAGAUGAGCAAAUUACUGCACUCUCAUGGAGUCCUGAUGGAAGAUAUUUGGCUUCUGCUUCACAUGAGAGCUCGUCAUUCACAAUAUGGGAUGCUGCUCAAGGGUUGGGAACACCUAUUCGACGGGGAUUAGGUGGUAUAUCAAUGCUGAAGUGGUCACCAACAGGAGAUUAUUUCUUCACUGCCAAAUUUGAUGGAACAUUUUAUCUUUGGGAAACAAACACAUGGACAUCAGAACCUUGGUCUUCAACUGGUGGUUUUGUCACAGGUGCAACCUGGGAUCCUGAUGGGCGCAUGAUAUUAAUUGCUUUCUCAGAAUCUUUAACACUGGGUUCUAUUCACUUUGCAUCUAGACCUCCAUCACUAGAUGCACACCUCUUGCCUGUUGAGUUGCCAGAAAUUAUCUCCUUGACUGGCAGUCAUGGAAUAGAUAAAGUAGCAUGGGAUGCUUCUGGGGAACGACUGGCCUUGUCAUAUAAAGGUGGCAAUGAAGUGUAUAAUGGCCUUAUUGCGGUAUAUGAUGUUAAAAGGACUCCACUCAUCUCAACUUCACUAAUUGGGUUUAUUAGAGGACCUGGAGAGAACCCAAAACCAAUAGGGUUUUCCUUUCACGACAAGUUCAAACAGGGACCAUUGCUUUCUGUGUGCUGGAGCAGUGGAUGGUGUUGUACUUACCCUCUUAUAUUUCGGUCACAUCUACUUCCUUAAUUAAGGCAGGACCUAUUGGAUACAAAUGGCUGGAUCAAGGCAAAAUAACUUCAAAGAAGAAGAAGAAGAAGAAGAAGAAGAAGAAGAAAAAUGCCAAAUAACUAAAAUUAUUGUUUAUUUGCUGACCAACUUUGUCUUGAUGGAUUUAAAUUUAUUGCAAGUGGAUGGGGCUUAUUAAAUGGUUGGAAGGGGUGACUAAUUAAAUAAUUAUCCCGUCACUUCCAGAUUUGAAGUAUUAUGAAAGGUGUAGCAGUGCAAUUGCCUCAAGGUUGUCAUUAUAGGACUAUAAAUUUUACCUAGCAAAAUUACCUUUGUAGCAUUUUCCAUUAAAAGUACACUUUGACAUAACAAUGCAGCAUAGUUUGGUCUGGAAGUUCAAACUUAUUUUAGUGUUUA